ACCUUAGUUGCCUCCACAACAACAUUACUGUCGAGCCACUCAGAAGAGGAAAAAAAACUGCAGUGCUGGUUGAAAGCUGUUAAGCCUGCACUCGCCUUCCUGUGGCCCCGGGCUUGAGAACCUCUUUCUGAUUGCAGCUUGUCCAUGUGACUUGGUUUCCGUUGCCUGCCUGCUUCCGUGAAUAGUAAAAAGAGGCAUCAGUGCUUCAGAGAGAGCAGAGGAAGGCAGCUGAACUUCACACAUGAGAACGCACUCUGCAGCAGCGAGCCAACCAGCGAUAUGGUCAGGGGAUCAACCAUCAGUGGCUUGGGAAAUCUACACCUAACCACCAGUCAGUAAGGAUGUUAAAAUGCCAGUCCACAGCCUCACUCCCAUCCUGCUUUGCUUGUUACCCGUGUGGAUAAUCCUGACACCAGGCUCAUGUCAUCCACAGCUCAGCCCAUGCCAGCUGAUACAAAGAUCAGCACUGUGCAACAAUGCAAACCUCUCCUCUGUGCCUUCAGGACUCCCACACAACACAGAGGAGCUUCAGCUCAACUUCAAUCAUAUUCAGACACUACAGGAUGACUCCUUCCUUGGUUACCCCUCACUGAAAACCCUGAGCUUUGCUUGUAACAGUCUGGAGAAAUUAGAAUCAAACACUUUUCAAAACUCAAAGUUGUUAGAAAGCCUUAAUUUAGCAAAUAAUAAACUUUAUAUUGGCUACGCAGAAACCAGCUAUGCAUUAAAAAAGCUACCUGGUCUUAAAGCUCUAGAUCUGUCUGAGAAUGAACUUCAUGACGAAUUUGUCACCAUACUUCUCCAAAAUCUGACGUCCAUAGAGUACCUCAAUCUCUCUGGAAACCUCCUGCAAAGACUUGACGAGACCUCAUUCAGUGACCUACACCAGCUCAAAGAACUGGACCUGCAGAGGAACAUCAUGUUUGAGCUCGAUGGCGCCUUCAACAGCAAUCCCAAGCUCCAGCGGCUCAACUUGGCCUUCAACUAUCUGCCUUGCCUAACUGACUUCCACAUGACCCAGCUGGUAGUCCUCAAUGUCAGCCACAACUUCAUUGAGUGGUUCAUCUCUAAUGACCUCAAUGAAACUUUCCAGCUAGAGACUCUAGAUCUGUCAAAUAACAAACUGCUUUUCUUUCCUUUCUUGCCCAGUCAUAGUAAAUUACGAAACCUUCACUUGUCCCACAACAGCAUUAGGUUCUAUGACCACUUGACAGACAAUGGCACGUCUCUGAACUCGACUACAACUGUUGAGUUCUACAAUCUGAAGAAUCACAUGAGAAAUGUGACUGCUCAGCUGUGGGACGAUGGUCUUCACGGUGACAUCUCCUCUCUUGAGAUUUUGGAUCUAAGAGGAAAUCAGGUGGAGUAUUUUCCUGUAGGAUUCAUCCAGAAAAUGCCCACCCUGUCCAGACUUCAAAUGUGCACAAACUGUCUGGAAACCUUAAAUCUAACUUCUGAGCAGUUCUCUGGCAGCUUGUAUGAGUUGGACAUCAGCAACAACAGGCUUAACCAGAUUGUGUCAGAUAAAGGUACGCUGACCACUCUUGGCAAUCUGACAUACUUUAACCUUAGCCUGAAUUUUCUUGAGAGGUUACCUUCAAGAUUGUUUUCCUCACUGCCAAGCCUCAGGUCAGUGGAUCUCAGCUAUAACCACAUUAAUAUUUGUCUUUCUGAAGAAGCUGAGAUCAGUACAGACUCAGCUUGUGUGGACUGGAAAAACGUUGUGUCCCUUGGGCAGCUUUACCUCAAAGGAUGCAACAUCAAAAUAAUUCCAUCGGCAGCGUUUACAGGGUUGUUGCUAACGCACUUGGAACUGUCCGAUAACCCAAGGCUCAUUAUCCAACAAUCAAUACAAACUCUCAGCAGAACUUUACAGCAUCUAGGUUUAGGAAACACUCACAUACAAGACUUUGACUUCUCCCUUUUCACAAGUUUGAAGUUUUUAAACAUGUCACAGAACUCUCUUGCCCAUCUUCCCCCCUCUCUCCUAAAUCUUGACCUGGAAGUGCUCGACCUCAGGGACAAUAGACUGUCCACUAUCCCCUCAGGUCUGGCUAACGCAUUAGCUACAAAACUUCACAUUGUUUUCCUCACAGGAAAUCCAUUCAACUGCUGCCAGACAGAAUGGUUCAGGACAUUUGAAACAACAAAAACGAUCAAUGUGGUUGGACUGUCAGACAUUGAAUGUGAAGAUCCCUUAAGAGAAACAUACAGAGUGCAGGGUUUACAGCCAUCUGUGUGUUCGGAAGAAAGUGGGGAAUCUAUAUUCUGGUACAUUCUGCUUUUUGUACCCCUGUGUUUUUCAUUUGUGGGCAUUUCCAUUAUUGCUGUCCUCACCUUCAAGCCCAAAAUGCUACAAAAAUCAAUCAAAAAGAGGUGUUUGAAGCCCACAUCUUACUGAUACUUUAUAAGCCCUAAAAAAACUGUCUUUGUACAGUUGUUAUUGAGAAAUGUAACUGAAUAUAUUUUGGAAAUAAAUAAAUUAAUGAAGGAA